AUGCAGUGCCUCGCCCUAGGGCUGAAAUUUCCUCGCAAGAACCGGCCAGUUUGGUUUUCAAAGAGCGAGCCCAAGUGUGAUUAUGGCUCAAUAAAGACGGACCCAGAACCUGCAUCCCGAGAAAAAGGGACGCUAGAUUCUUGGCAGAAGGCAUGCUCGUUUUGUCCAAGAAGCAAGGGGGAGCUCUGGACGCUAUACCUUGCUUCCACCAUAUGGGAUCUCAGGUGGUUUCGAGAAAGCGUGCCUCAGCACGAACAAAUGCGAGUCUCCGGGUCACUGCCGGCGCCGCAGCCACAUCCACGAGAAGCCGAAUCCCGUGGUAACAUCGUUGCUCAGCAUGGUGCAACGAGUUCAGUCUCACUCUCUCGGGAUCUAAAGCAAAUGGCGAGCUAG